AUGGGCUGGGUAAGCGUGGGAGCGCUCGUCGCGACUAUCGCAUACGUUCUUUAUCGAUAUCCUCCUCAUACCUGGUCCCUCGAGUCUCCAAAAUCUCCCAUUCCUCCAGUGUCUUCGGAUUCCAAAGCCGAUACCGUCGCCGCCAACAAAUCUGAACCAACUCAAAAAGAAAGCCCCACGACCCCUCCAUCGGAAAUACAAAGAAAGAGUUCAACUACUCCGAAUGUCUCCAUUCCUUCAUCAUCGCUACCAGUCCUCCCUGUGCCCACAUUAAACCUCGAACAAGCCCCCGCCACCAAGCGUGUCGCGACCGAGCCACCUGUACAGCAGAGCAUGAAUGGAUCGACACAGCCAGUAGUGUCAACGGGUCGCAAUGGAGCCCCAGAAAGAGUCUCCUCACAGCUGCCAUCUCUCAGCGCCCCGUCUCCUCAGCCCACAGUAACAGCAACAGCCUCAUCCUUGAUGCCUCCACCUCCACCCCCCUAUGUCCCGCCCUCGACCAACCCCCCCAACCCAACCGAGCCCCUUCAGGAGGUCUUGCACCACCGCGGCACCCUGGCACCUAUAACGCCAAGCGCACUCUCCUUGAAGAAAUCCUCCGCAUCCAAACGAGUCAUUCUUGAACCUGGAUAUUCACCCCUGGACUGGGCUGCUCUUGCAGCUAAGCCUAAUAAUCAGCUCCGUGGAGUAGGGAUGCCCCCUGGUCUCCUACGUGUCCCACCUUCCCUGCUGAAAACGCAGAACGGGCGCAAAGGAAAUGAUGCGUGGACUUCGUAUCAGGGUAAGGUGUACAACAUCACUCCCUACCUUCCGUAUCAUCCUGGUGGAAAGGGUGAACUUUUACGCGGAGCGGGGAAGGACUCUGGGAAGUUGUUCCAGGAGAUUCAUCCUUGGGUUAAUUGGGAUGGAAUUCUUGGAGAAUGUCUAGUUGGGAUUUUGGUCUCGGAAAAUGAUGUGCAAGCUGAGAAUACUCUCGAUGCGAUGGACUGA